AUAGACAUCGAUUAUAUAUUUAGUAAAUUAUUAGACAAACGCCCCAUCUCUUUCUUUCACUCUCUAAUAUACAAACAACCCAUAAAAGCAAGGUGAUACAUACAUCGAACGUCCUUAAAAACCAGCAAACAUUUCAUUUUCCACUGCUUUUCAAACAAGUUUCAAGAGGAAAAAACGUUUUACUAUUGAUUUUUCUUCUCUUCAGCUCCAUCCAUGGAUACUGCUGAAUGGCCACAGGAGAUUGUGGUGAAACCAAUAGAAGAGAUAGUCACAAAUACAUGUCCAAAGCCUGCAGCUUUAGAGAGGAAGGCAAGGCCUCAAAAGGAACAAGCUUUGAACUGUCCCAGGUGCAAUUCAACUAACACCAAGUUCUGCUAUUACAAUAACUACAGUCUCACACAGCCUAGGUACUUUUGCAAGACUUGUAGAAGGUACUGGACUGAAGGCGGUUCCCUCAGAAAUAUUCCUGUUGGAGGUGGUUCAAGAAAGAACAAGAGAUUAGCUUCUUCUUCAUCAUCAGCAAAAAAACAUCCUGAUCUGGUUACACCACCAAGCUUGUCACAGUCUUCUACCCAAAACCCUAAGAUCCAGGAUGGACAAGAUCUCAACCUAGCUUUCCCAAAUAGUCAAGGUUAUAGAAGUAUCUCAGAAUUGGUUCAAGUUCCCAAUAGCGUAGAAAACAAUAAGAACCAAAUUCCUUCUUCUUCAUCCCCUACAUCUCAACUUUCAGCUUUGGAGUUGUUUACUGGAAUCUCUUCUAGGGGGUUAAAUUCUUUCAUUCCCAUUCCAGUUCCAGAUCCAAAUACAGUUUAUACAUCUGGGUUUCCUAUGCAAGAGUUUAAACCAACGCUAAAUUUCUCCCUGGAUGGGCUUGGGAGUGGUUAUGGGAGUCUCCAGGGGGUUCAAGAGACAGCUGGGAGGCUUUUGUUUCCAUUUGAAGAUAUGAAGCAAGUCUCAAGCACAACUGAUCUUGAGCAAAAUAAAGAGCAAGGAGAUUCAGCUGGAUAUUGGACUGGAAUGUUAGGUGGAGGAUCAUGGUAAAGAAGAUGAAAAGUAUAAUGGGUCUUUUUUCCUUUUCUUUUCCUGGGUUUUCUUUUUAACUUUUUAUUAAUUUGUUAAGGUGGGUGACUUGUUUGGAUUUCUUCGUGACUAACAAAUAGGAAUACACGGGUUUCUUUGCCUCUACAUAUCCUUCUUUUUUCCCCUUUAUUAUCUUCUUUACUAUUUAGUUAUGCUGGGAAUUUGAAGCAUUUUUUAGGUUGGCUUCACUAAGGGUGACGUCAGAUACUUUGUUAUGGUAGAAGAGAUCAAAGCUAAGCCAGAAUUUUUUGGGGUAAAAAUGUAGGAGAGGAGAGGCAUGCCCUACGUCCUUCAUUAUAGGUUGAUCUUCUCCUAUCAAGAGAGCAGAAAGAGCAACCAUAUGCGUCAUUGGUUGACUUGGUAUAAGUACAAAAAAUAAUGUAUAAUGUUCAAGUUUGUAAGGAAUUCCUGGUUGGAAAAAAGACUUUGUUCAUAAAGUUUCUAAUUUCGAUUUAUCAAACAAAUUGUUGUUGUUAAUAAUCUCAAAUUGGUUACUGCUCUGGGACUUUGAAAUUUUCUCCAUCUCUUCUUUUAUGUUGUAGACAGGAUGGGAGCUUAGGGAGAAGAGUUAUGCCAGGUAAGAAAUCUGAUCCUUCCACAUGCCAUUGAAAAUUUGUAUUACAGAAUGCCUGAAUGAAUAAUAAGGAUAGUAAUUGAAAGUUUUGUGUUAUUCUGGAAGGCUAUAUUGAAACCUGCCUGAUCAAUCCAAAAGGUCACCUACUGAUUUUCUAUAUCCAAACAGUUUUGAAGGCUCCUUCACAUUAUCCCCAUUUCCAGUGAGAGAGCCACCCUCUUUUCCUUUUUCUAAUUGAAAGAUUGAGAAAGAUCUGAGAGAGCCUCCUUAAUUUCUUUUGGUCUUGAGAAGGGACCCACAAACAUUCCCCUCGACAAGUGCGCUGAAGAAUAAUGCACCCCACUAAGGUUGAUCAAUCCAGAUCUACACCCCUUUUAUUAUAUGUUAUUUCAAUUUUGCUCUUUGCUGUAAGCCACUUAAGUGUGCAUAAUAUCUGGCAAAUGUGUUAAUUCUCCUCCUGUACCCACUCCUCUCUCUAUCAUGGAAGUCUCUUUCCCCUGCCCAAAUUAAACUGGCUCUCUUUUAUUUUAAGUUAAUGACCUGUUGAUCCUACUUUACUUUCUCCAUGUGCUGUUUAGAAACCAGAAUACCCAUCAAACCACCCCAUGUUACAUUUUAGUCUAAACAACAAGAAUGCCUGACAAAAACAUUUUUCCUUGAACAACAAGGAUGGAGCUCAGAUUCAAAAUUUUUCCUUACCCAAAGAAGCUAUUUUUGGAAAACAUCAUAGAGAAAAAGGAAAAGGUAAAGUGAUGAAAAAGGCUCUUGUUUAUUUGUUCCCGGAUAGGUCAUCUGGUAUAAGACUUUGAUCUACUUGGAGGAGGUUGGCAAUUAUAUAAAACUCAUUUUCCAUGCCCUAACAUGGAUAUUCGAAUUCAUAUAGUAUAACUAAGUACCUGCA